CUGGGAAGAGACACAUAAGAAGGGGGAGCGAGCGAAGGUUCCCACACUUACAUUAUGGUAGUUUUCGGGCCCCGUCUUGUUUCAUUUCUUCUCAUAACCGUUGCCUUUUGCAGGGCAGCCAACCUCCCCCCCCGUGCCCCUAGGGAUGCUAGACUCUCCGUCGUGCCCCCGAGGGAGAUAGGCGUGGGUAGCGUCCUCUCCGGCCCCAGGGUUCUCCUUGAGGGCGAGAAGCUCUACCUCCCUUGCAUCGCCGUGGGGGAGUACACCUCCUGCGGCUGGAACGACCCUCAUGACAAUAUUUACUACCCGUCUGAGCUGGACCCCGAGGGCGACAUCGCCCCCCUUCCGGGCUUCAACUGCGGCAUGGUCGUCAAGGCAGCGAGCGUCGAGCAGCACUCCGGACACUGGGUCUGCGUCGCCACCACUGACCACGGCUUCGAUUCCGCCGGCUCUGACGUCACUGUCCGGCCCGCCUCGUCCUGGCCUGGUGUUGUCGCUAACAUCUCCUCCCCACUGAACGGCAGGUGGGGGGAGUGGGGGCAGGUGGACAUGUGCCCCCCCAACGCCUUCGCGGAUGCUUUCGAAAUCAAGUCUGAAGCCCCGACGACAGGAGACAACACAGCAGUGAAUGGGUUAACGAUGGCGUGUAGACAGCAGGGAGGUGGUCUGCCUGCUCGCGUUACUUCUGACGGCGGAGAUUUCGGCACAUGGCGAGGAGAAAAAACAUGCCCUGUGCCCGAAUACAUAAGGAAGUUUUCCCUCCGGGUUGAGCCAGACCAGGGCGACCUCGGGGAUGACACUGCCGUUGGUGAUAUGAAGGUCAUCUGUACGAACUACCCGGAGAACGAGAUCGAGGGCGAGGGCGAGGAAUGGGGAUUCUGGGGGCCAUGGGCGGAAUGUCCCCCCGAUACGGCGGUGUGUGGGCUGCAGACACGCCUUGAACCCUACAAGGGCGUGAUGGACGACGAUACCGCCCUCAAUGACAUCCGGGUCUUCUGUUGCCCUUUGGUUUGGUGAUGACCUAGUACGACCUUCUUGGGUGACCUAACCCCUCCCCCUGAUGAGCUACUGGAGUAACUGUGUUGUCUGAUUGACUUGUUUUUUGAGCUGGUGCGAUUUUCUGGAUGAACUAUAACUCUCUUGCGCGGUGACAGCAACCAGGAUGUAAUAUCAUCUAACAUUCGAAGUUACCCCAACCUGUAUGGUGGCUAUUCCCCAACUUGCUGGUCACACAAGGGUGUUCAUAUCGCUGAACACGCUCGAUUUUAGGCAAGUCAGGUUCUUAAUCUCGACAAACUCCCCUUUGAAACUCCGCGCGUGUAAGGAAUGUCAUCAUUCUUUACACGGCAUAGAUAUAAUAACCAAAAUUUAGAAAUGUAUGAGGAUAUGAAAUACAAUAUCCAUAUUAGAAGUAUUGCUUAGAAUAUAUGAUAGAUAUUACAUGAGAACUUGUGUCAAUUCCAAAUGACCCAGACGGUGUUAUCCAUCCACCAGCAAAGUUACUGCACAAAGUGGUUUAUGCCAAUUUAGAUCCUCUUUUUCAGUUUUGAUGUAUUUUAGUAUCUUCUUUUAUUACAAGCAUCAUUAUUUGUAUUGUCUACAAUCUCCUAUCCAUCUUUUAGUGUAUUACGGUUUCUUUAUUAUAUUCACUUUUAAGCAGUAAAUAUUUGUAUCUACACUUUCUUUUACUCUUAAUAUUUUCUCUAAACUGAAAUUUGAUGCAUUUUACUUUGUAAUAAGCCAAUACCUGCUCCUGUAUAAAAUUAUAUUCUAAUUAAUUCCUAAAAGGAAGUUGUUUACAUUGUCUAUCCCCAACGCAUAUAAAGGGGACCAUUAGUGGAAAAAACGAGCGUCAAGUCAA